CUCCAUCACUCCUUCACUCCUUCACUCCUUCACUGGGUCACUUCCUGUUAGACAUUUGGAAUCCCGGCUGGGGGGGUGACUCCCAUAUGAGAAGGUCAGGGAUACUCGUUAGAAAAUUUGAAUUUAACUCCUAAAGAAGACUAAUGUGGGCGUUGUUCGAGCUUCAUUAGACCCCUAAGAUCAGUGGAAAACAAAUGAGAGUGUUUCUUUUAUUAUUAUUUCUUUGACUGCAUGCUAAAGGAUACUUUGGCAGCUGAGAAUGAUGACAUUUUGCCAUCAACACCCUAAGUGAGACCAGAAUCCUUGAUUUGCACCCGAGAUGAGGGGCAUCCUUGCCUUUUUCAUAUAGGAGUCUCCCCGGGUUUUGAACAUUGCGUUGUCCAAGGCCUUUUUACAGGCGAUUGCACCAUGUUAAGUUAGUUAUUCUUUGAAUUUCUGACACAAGUACUCAAUAUCUUACCGCAGAAAUGAUUGACAUGUACAUUGAACAGAUUUUUGCACAGAUGUUUUCAUAUAUAGAAGCUAAUUAUUUUUAAUAGCUCAUUUCCUGAAGGUGUCUGCUUAUACAGAUUAAACCGUACUCAAUUGCCGAAAACUGAGGAGAUAUUGAAAAUCACAAAAUUGACGAGCUGUGUGAAGUUUUGAAUUAUGAUUCAAGCAGUGAUUAAAAGGUUUUGAAUGAUCAACAGACAAGAGAAUUGAGGGGAAUUCGAACAACGUGUUCCACCUUUAUUUAUACAGUAUUAUAAACAAAUACUUCAAAGAUGAAUACGGACAUGGCAAAUUGAUUUGAACAAAAUAGUUGAUAAAUAGAAAAAAAAAGACAUUACACAAGACUGGGAGUUCAGCAGCCUUGGAAAGGGAAGGGAAAAAAAAUGAAAAAAGAAAAGAAGUUAUUGCAACAUGGGAUAUUCGUAUUUGGUAACCCAUCCAAGCAGGAACCCCAACUUUGUUGAGCGGAUGAGAUGUGAUGCUGUCCUUGUGGUAUUAUGACCAUGUGUUGGAUAAUUUUGAAAGAUCUCUCAAAAGGUAAUAAAGAAAGAAAAAAAAUCACUGAUAUCGCCUGGGAAAAUAAGGAAUGGAAAAAAUAGAAAUGAAAAUGAGAAUCUGGUACUUGCUUUGCUGAUCACCAUUGCUCUGCCGAAAGUGAAACUUUACUUUGCUCAAAAAAGUUUUUAUUUUUUAGGUGCUUCAGCUUUUAAAUCUUUACCUUUAAAAAUCAAGCAAAUUAGCAGUAGGGUACUAUUUAGGGAGUCUGUAGAUCAAUUUUUUGUAUAGUGUAGUUAAUAAGUUACGAAGUCAUUCUUAUCUUAUUUUAGGUUUUAUCUUUAUAUUAUGUCGAGGAAAAGGUUGUUGUUAUUCUUCGUGGUAAAUGCAAUAAUAAAGUGAUUCACACCAUCCAUUGUACUUCUCGUACAAUGGAUUGAUUUAUGAACUAUGAGACGGCGCAGCCAUGGGGAGCCCUGUAUCCGUGGUUAUUGCUAAUCUCUACAUGCAGAUAUUUGAAGAACAAGUAAUAGAGUCCGCACCUUGCAAACCUAAGAUCUGGAAAUGCUACGUAGAUGAUACUUUCACCAUCCUGAAUCGGGAUAGAGUUGAUGUCUCCCUGCAACACCUAAACAGUCAACAACCAUCAAUCCGUUUCACCAUGGAGAUCGGGAAUAACAGCAAGAUCACCUUUCUCAACACGUCAGUUUAUAGAGAACCUGAUGGCCGCCUUACCAUCAGUGUCUAAAGGAAAUCAACACAUACUGAUCAGUACCUAGCAUAUGAUUCACACCACCCUCAGUUGUUAAAGCGCAGUAUUGUGAAGUGUCUGUACGACUGGGCUAAAUGUCUCAUGACCAAACUAUCAGUAAUCGCUGGAGAGAAGAAACAUCUGUCAUCUGUACCUGUUUCUAACAGAGAUCCCUCCUCUUUUGUACAGAAGAUCACAAAGGCACGAACAACCCCAAGAAGAGAGCCCGUUGUGGAAUUUAAAUCCACCGCCAUUUUACCUUGUGUCCAAGGAGUUUCGGAGUCUCUCCGCUACUGCCUAGAACAACAAGGUAUGCGCACCGUCUUUAAGUCUGACACGACACUUCGGUCACACUUAGUGCGACCAAAGGACACCAUUAACCCGGCUGAACAAGAUGGUGUUGUCUACAGGAUUCCCUGUGAGUGCGGCAAAGUCUACAUCAGGGAAACAGGGAGAUCUAUGCAGGAGAGGAUCAAAGAACAUGACAGGGAUAUACGACUCGCCCGUACCCAGACCUCUGCCGUUUCUGAACACACCUGCGAGACCGGCCACUAUGCUAUCUGGAAUGAUGUCAAGUUUAUUGAUCGAGAUCCUCACUGGUACACACGUAGGGUCAAGAAAGCUAUUCACAUAAGACUUCACCCUAGUAACAUCAACAGGGAUAGUGGAAUGGAAAUUCCUGAAGCAUGGAUGCCACGAUCAAAAAACACAACAACAGGAGAAUGGUUUGAUACACAAUUUCAGAAGUAA